GAGUAGUGGGGGCCAUUGAUGGAACGAAUAUAAAAUUCAAAGCCCCCCUUGAGCAGCAAGAUAGCUACAUCGAUAAAAACGAUACUCAUAGUAUUAAGCUCCAAGCAAUAUGCACAUCACAAAAAAUUUUUAUCAAUAUAAUGGCUGGUUUCCCAGGAUCCGCUCAUGAUUCUCGGGUCUUUAAAAAUUCAGAAAUUUACCAGGAACUAUUAAGAGGGAACAAAAGAAAGUAUUUUCCUACAGAAAAUUAUCAUCUUAUUGGUGACAAAGCUUACCCAUUAAUGGAUUGGCUAAUGAAACCUUAUUUAGGAGAUGAUAGACAUCUGACGAGACAACAAAGAGCUCACAAUUUAGCACACAGUCAGACAAGAAUACGGAUAGAACAUUGUUUUGGACUUUUAAAAGGCAGGUGGCUCAUAUUACAAUAUGUGAAUGUAAGGACAAUAGAAAAGGCUGUGAAAAUAAUUACUGCAUGUUGUGUGUUGCAUAACUUCUGCUACUUAAAUGGAGACACGUGGGAUGAAGGAUUAAUUGAUGAGGAUGAGACCGAUGGUGAAUAUGAUGGUGAUGUGGAGCAGACUGGGAUGAAAAAAAGGGAAAUUUACCAGGAACUAAGAGGGAACAAAAGAAAGUAUUUUCCUACAGAAAAUUAUCAUCUUAUUGGUGACAAAGCUUACCCAUUAAUGGAUUGGCUAAUGAAACCUUAUUUAGGAGAUGAUAGACAUCUGACGAGACAACAAAGAGCUCACAAUUUAGCACACAGUCAGACAAGAAUACGGAUAGAACAUUGUUUUGGACUUUUAAAAGGCAGGUGGCUCAUAUUACAAUAUGUGAAUGUAAGGACAAUAGAAAAGGCUGUGAAAAUAAUUACUGCAUGUUGUGUGUUGCAUAACUUCUGCUACUUAAAUGGAGACUCGUGGGAUGAAGGAUUAAUUGAUGAGGAUGAGACAGAUGGUGAAUAUGAUGGUGGUGUGGAGCAGACUGGGAUGAGAAAAAGAGAUCAGAUUUCUCAAUUAUUUAGAUAA